AUGUGUAUUGGAAACAAAAACACAUACACAGUUUCCAAUCUGAGCUCUAACACUCAGUAUUAUUUUGAUGUUUUUGUUGUCAGUCUUCUAACCAAUGCCAGUGCUGCCUACACGGGUACCUUUGCAAAAACGUGGAUGGAGCCAAAGCCUAAGAUUAUGCCUCUAAAAGAUGGUAAAAUAGUUCAAAUAAAGUUUGAUGGUAAAAACCAAAAAGUUUACAGCUUUCAGUAUCAGGCAAUAAAUAAAAAGGUCCAGUUCACUUUGCAGCCAUGCAGGGGCCAAAUACGAGCUCAAAUAUCAAGAAAUGGGAAGUUGCUGGUGUCAGAAACCAUUCAAAGUUUAAGACAUAUAACAUUUAAAGGAAAAAUGAUGGAUAAAUACUUGGCUGUUCUCAAAUCAUCAGAUUCAAUUUCAAAUUCCUCUGCCAUGAUCCAGGCAUCAUCUCAUAUCCACAAGACCUUAUUCCCAUUUUUUCCUGCAAGUUUGAAGAUUAAAUCCUUCAACAAACUUAGAACCUGUGACUCAAUAACAAUUGCAUGGCUUGGUACACAAGAAAGGAAUAUGUAUUGUGUCUACAAGAAGAAGAUUCGAGAAGAUGAAAUUCUGAGAGAAACGACUAGUGUUGACCAGUGCUUAGGACCUGAAUCCCGGCCAAGAUCUGAAAAAGUUCUCUGCAAGUACUUCCAUGAUAUCAAUGUCCAGAAAGCAGUGACUACAGAAACUAUUGGUGGUCUAGAGAAAGGCACACCAUACCUAUUUGAUGUGUAUCUUGUUGGAUCCUCUGGAAUACUGGUUAGAUAUCAAAGCAAAGCAGUUAAGACCAGAAAAACAUGUUGA